CACAACUCUUUGACAAAUAGUUACUCAAAAAUUAAUGAUUCCAUUAUAUCAACCUAAAUCUCAGCUUGUGACUGUAAAUAACAAUUUAGCUCGAGAUCACAGCCUCCGGCUCACGAUUAAAAAUACAAGCCACAACUUUUUAGCGCUAUGAAUGCACCAUAUGAACGGCAUAACUCUCUUUAGCUAGUGCUGGCAUUUAGAGUUAUGAAUAUUCUGAAGCAGCACACAGCGGGGAAUGCAGGUAGUUGGCAGAUUCUGCCCAACGGUGGGAUUGGCAAAAGGUUGGCCUCAUGGGGCUGAAUAUGGACCUCGUGGCUCAGCAUAUGGGCUAGGUGUAGACAACGCGCUUGAGUAUGAAGUACAGCAGAUGGUAAACAUCUUACUACGUGACGAGUGAUAGUAAAAGCAAGGGAUGCGUUAAUGUUUUAAGACGGCGGGCGAUAGGCGGCAUAAUGAUGAUUCUAC